CACAUCGCCUGAGAGCCGACGGGGAAACUGGACACUGAAUUGGCGAUGAUGUGUUGCCCGCGACGUUGAACAGAGUUCCAGUGAGGAAGACCACGUGGAGCCUAAUUUCAAGCAGGAGGCCAUGGAGUCGAAGUCUCGUUCUCCACCGUACUUCGCGGACGUGGAGGUGUCUGGGUUUACGGAUCACAUGGACAUGGCACAGGGAGUGAAGGAGGAGGUGGAGGCUGAUGUCGAAUCCUACUCGCCCCAGUGCAACUUUGAGGGCGACACAGCAGGCACCGCAUGCAUCGUCCCACGGGGCUGGACGUCGAACGUUGAUGUGACCGGCGAAAGUGCAGCUCCCUCCACGUCGCUGGGCGGCGCCGCCCCCCCACCGCGGCCCUGCAGCGGCGGCGGCAGCUCAAGCGACGGCUCGGGCGCCGGGGACUUGCCGGCGCGGCAGCGCGCGUACCUCGGGGCGCAGGAGCGCAUGCUGCUGCGGCUGCAGCGCAGCAGCCAGGAGGCGUCGUUCGCGUUCCAGCGCGAGCUGCAGGCCGACGAGAUGCGCCUCCUGGAGCCGCACCUGCAGGCGGCCGCCGGCGUCGCCGCCUCCUUCCUGGGCGUCAUGGAGCGCCUGUCGUCGCUGCUCGAGGCCACCGUGCGGGACCUUCCCUUCGUCAACUCUGCGGGGACGGCGGCGGCGGCAGCCGGCAAUGACCGCACGCCAUCGUCGCCGUCGCCGACGCCGCAGACUCCGGGCCAGGCGCCCCCCACCUCGAACCAGUCGCGCGGAGAACAGACGGCACCGCCACGGUCGUCCCCGCACCACCGUCGCCACCACCAUCGCCACCGCCAUCAAGGGCUGCUUGCUGACGCGGACGUGGAUGGACCCGUGCCGUCGCUGGGUCCGCACGGACGCGCGGCCAACGGAGCUCGAUCUCACGGCGACGAGACGGCGACUGAGACCCCGAUGGCGGCUAGUCCUGUGGCGGGCACGGCGGCGGCGGCGGCGGCGGCGGCGAGGAGGGACGCGCGAACCCCACUGCUCGCCACGUCGUCGCCGCCUCGGCGCUUGGGCUACGGAGGACACAAGCUGCCCGCGCGGUUCAGGACGGCGGAAAAGUAGCACUCGCACCCGGCACGGGUGGGCGUGAUGAGAAUCCGUGCGCCGCGCAGGCGCUUGGAAGAGAAAUUGACUUCGGACGCUGAUGGGAAGUGGAUGCUUGUCUUCGGAUGCUCCCAGCCCAGGGUGCAGAGCCACGCUCUGGCUUUCUCGGUUUACCAAUUGGCGGAUUGAAGCAAAACACGGGUUGUGGACUGGCUACCACUUGCAUUUCUUGUUGCGACGUUCAAGUCUGAAGGUGCCUUGGUGAUUCGUGCGCAAAUGUUAAGCGUCUUUUCAACCUCAACUUCAUCCUAUUACGGUUUGCAUUUACUUACUAGUGAAUACGCUGAAUUGGUCUUAAAAGCACUGUUAACUAUUUUUUCCUUCCAUUAUACGAGAGUUCUCAUUGCGAUUUCUGCUGUAGUGCGGUACCUGUGGCUUGAGCACUUUGACCCCGCAAUCGGAAGAUUGUGAGUUUAAAUCGGAGCCUGUGGAGAACACGGACCCCUUUCAUAGAGAUGUGGAAUUGACGCCACUGGCGCAGAGCCAAAACCAUGGAAAUGAACGGCACAACCCAAUCGAUCUCAUUUGAGCAGGGAGACACUUGUGAAGUUUGUUUUUACUUUAACUGAGAUUCCCCAAGGUUUGGACCAAGUGAGCGAGCUGAGCAGGGGAGCUGGCAUGAGCUGGCACGUGGACGUACGCCAGCUGGUAGAGCAGUGAGCGUCGUGACGUGGACCGAAAUUUGACAGAGCAGAAGUUUUAUUGAGCCAUAGUGAGACUUAAUUGUUGCGAUUGUUGGUUUGCAAGGUAGAGAAGAAUUACGUUUUUACUUCAUGUACGUAUUGUGCACACGUGCUACACUGACGUUAUUAGUUUUCAAUGUUAACAUCGUAUCAUAGCAACACUGAAUAGUAAAGAUUGGUGGAUGUGCUGGAAAGGUUGGACCGUCAAGGGGCGUGAACACUAGCUUUUGAAAUUAGCCAUCGUCACAAUUCUUAAUUGUUCAGAAAGUAAAACCAAAAUGUGUUUUUAUUAUUCAUAUAAGUACAAACAUCAGAGUGGUUGUUAGAAAUGCGUGCAAAGAACAAACCUGGCCCAAAAGUGAGAACAUUCAUUGUCUUUCGGGGCAAAAGCAGUUUAAUGGGGUUUUUUCCCCCCUCUCGCAUGUCAAUUAUAAAAAAACAAAUAGUGGAUAGAGCAGACAGUCAUGCCUGACUGCGCUACUUUCAUUUGUUUUACUGUGACGUCAAUUUACUGGAAUGUAAAUGCUGGUCAGUCUCGGCUCACUUGGGGUUGAUGGGAGCGUUGUAAUGCUCUUGUGAUUUUGUUUUUCUAGACAACUGCCGGUUGGUGUCGUCAUCCGUUGUGAGCUGUUGUGCCAUGACGGAUCGGUUGUGUGGGACAUGUUUUUCGAAGCAUUUGCUUGAUUCAGUCCUAAUUCUAGACGAGUUCAAAACCACAUCACGGUUCCCAACACAAAUGAGCGUGGGGUGGUCCCGUGCCGGAAGGUGGAAAGCAGCCCACUUUUCGACCGCUCCUGGUUUCCGGUUGUGCAUGUCACGUUUUGGAGGUGGCUCUGUUUUUUCCCCUCGAUACUGAAUGCGAACAAGAAAAAUGAAAGGGGCCUCUCACGAAUUUGCCACAGGUAAGGAAACAUUCUUUGGUUUGGACAAUUAAUCAGAACGAGGGCAAACAAUAAUUUCAACUGAACUUUUUAUUUUUCCAGGAAAGGCCCACUGAGCUAUGCAGCUCGUUUUUCAGAAGCGACCUGGCCACAAAUGAUAGCUCAACGAAGUGGCUCAUCAGGUGGAAAUGUAUAGCAGCAAAAAACUCGAGAUGCAUAUCGAUUCUAAAUGUGGAGGGAAAAACCCGGAGAAAAAUCCACGUGACCAUGGGGAGAGAGACACGCAAACUCCAAAUAUACAGGCGUCAGGGUUCGAACCCACGACCUGUAUCCCAGGCGAGAUAGUGAACAUUUCGCCACCGCGGCGCCCAUCGAUCAAUGGUCUUGCACUGUCAUCUGGAAGGUUCAAGAAGUCGAGGCUGCCCAUGCUCGAGAUGUAGUGACGGCCUCAACAAGCGGGAACUUGCAAGGCAAGAAUGUAGGUCUUCAGGAAGUGGCGAUCGCCAUGGCCAGAGAUGGGAAGUAGCGGACGUUUACGCAUACUUCACGUCAGCCGCCAUGUACCGACUGACAAGAAGAGGCAAAGGCAGGAUACCAUGUGGGGAUGUUUCUAAAGCUGUGGUGAAAGUCUUUAAAGUGUCUCCAUGCUCGAGCAUUGGGGCAGCAUCCAUCUCCAUGAUUGGCAGCCCUGCACCAGUGUUGGAAAUUCCACAUUCCCAUGGUGGGGUCCAUUGACUGCGUUCGAUGACCACUGUUAACUUCGCAGAAGUGGUGCUCGUUGUUUUUACACUUUGGAAGGACGAUUGGCUGAGCCAAACUCCCGAUUUCACAAAAACGGUUUUAAAAAUGUAAAAUUAAAUAUUAUUGAGAUGUAUUGCAGAGAUAAGGACAGGAGCCAGUCGUAAAAAUAUUGGCAGAUGCUGAUCCAGCAUAGGGCACGCUUUAGAACCCAAUAACAUUUUACAGAAACUGCUGCUGUGCUGCAUUAGUAUGAGAAUGACAGUGGCUGGUGACAAGUAUUAAGAUGAAGGAAUUAAGUAUUUAAUAGAUGGAUGCAUUGAGCUCAAGUUCAUGCCCACACACGCGGUCUAUUUUCGUCAACGAAUUCAACCACUCAAAGUUUCUACACUAUGGGAACCUCAUUUGCCAGUAAAAAUAUGAUAAUUGGUUCCCAUAGUGUAGAUGCUUGCCCCGAGCUCUCAUACUCUGAUGGUGCAUUGUCUUUGAGUUGUGCGCCUUUUGGCGUCAUCUGGUCCAACCCAUGUGAGACUAGGCUCUAAGGAAAGCUGUCUCGGGUGUGGACCAAUCAACUUCAAGGACAGUGCACAUUAUCAGAGUUAUGUCUUUUGUUUGUAUUAUGACUGCAGGUAUUGCGGUCUAUGCAAACAUGACUCCUUGUAAAAAGGUGUCAGUUUUGUUGCCAGAUAGAAGGGUAAAAAACAAAUUAUCACUCAAAGUUUGUCAAGACUAGUAUAAUUUUUUUAGGAAUAUGAGACUGUAAAAGGUAACAUUUUAAGAGAAUUUGCAAGCCGUCGCUCUUCAUUUGUAAAUUGUCGGGGAGGGGAUGGGGUUUGUAAGAAAAAAUAAACACGUUGU